AGAUGGAAACAGAAGGUGAUGGAGAGGACUGUGGAGGACCAGAACCAGGCAGGAACUCAGAUCCAGAUAGACACCCAGAACAGGAAAGUGAGACUUCAGACUCAUCUGAAUCUGAGCCUGAAGAAGACUAUACGGAUCCUGAAAGAAAACCGUUUCGCUGCUCCGUGUGCGCCAAAACAUUUAAACAGAGAGGAAAUCUGAAUAUACACAUGAGAACUCACACAGGAGUGAAACCCUUCGGCUGCUCCGUGUGCGGUAAAAAGUUCACUCAGAAAGCUGGUCUGGACUACCACCUGAGAAUCCACACGGGGGAGAAACCGUUCAGUUGCUCACUCUGCGGUAAAAGCUUUCGCCACAAAGGAGCGGUCACGUCUCACAUGGCGACGCACACAGGAGCAAAACCGUUCAGCUGCAGUGUUUGUAACAAAAGAUUCAGGGCCACGUCGCAGCUCAAAGUCCACAAGUGUGUCGGAGAGUACUCGCGGCUCCUCGGGGCCCGAGGGGACGAACGCAACAAACCGCUGAGCUGCUCAGAAUGUGACAUGACGUUUCCCAACAACUACCUUCUGGUGACCCACAUGAGGAUGCACAAAGGAAAGACACUGUUCACCUGCUCCGUGUGUGGUCAGAAACGUCAGUUUAGUUCCCACCUGGAGAUACACAUGAGAACCCACACCGGAGAGAAACCGUUCAGCUGCUCCGUUUGCGGUAAACGGUUUUCUCAGAGGGGAAUCAUGUCGCAGCACAUGGCGGUCCACUCGGGGGUGAAGCCAUUCAGCUGCACCGUCUGUGGGAGGAGAUUCUUCUGGCAUUUUCAGAUCAAAAAACACAAGUGUCUCGGUGAGUUCUCACAGUUCAGAGGAAGUGGCUUUAAUGAAGAGGACUUUGAAGGAUCAGAACCAGCCAGUUCAGAUCCAGUUGGACAUUUAGAACCAGGAACUGAUGUCAAGAAUGAACCGUCCUCUGAACCUGAUGACAGUGUUGACGUUGAGUUUUGGAAAGAGACCAGGAAACAUCAGUCAGGGUUCACAUACCAGAGAAAUAAAAAGGUCUCUGCAAAUGAUGGAUUUAAUAGCAGCAAGAAACCUUUCAGCUGCUCUGAAGACGAGGCUGAAACUGAACUCAAGACUGAUAACGGAGUUGAAGGUGAUCGACCUCAAUCAGGUCCGAAGCAUCUGAACAGUGAGGAGGUCUCUGUCAGAGAUCCAGGAUGUAACACUGACAUGAAACCUUUCAGCUCGUCUGAGUGUCACGAAAGAUCUGAAGACAGUCUCACUCUGCUGACACACAACAACCCCCCCACAGGAGAGAAACCGCUCAGCUGCUUAUUUUGCGGAAAAGGAUUUGCAACGGCGGGACACCUGUCAAGACACACGUCCGUCCACACGGGAGAGAAACCGCUUGGCUGCAUCAUUUGUCAGGAGAGAUUCGCUCUGGAGUCCCAACUCGUCGGUCACGAGUGUGUCGGCGAGUCCUCGCGGCUCCAAGACGACGACGACACGUCUGUCGGCGGCUCUCAGAGCGGUGGAGGGUUGAACCUGAAGCACCAGCUGCAGGUUCCCGUGAGACUCCACACAGGACUGAAACCGUUCGGCUGCUCAGUUUGCGGUAGAACGUUUGCCGAGCGUGAGAGCUUAAGUUCUCACAUGACAUGUCACUCGGGGGAAAAACCGUUCCGCUGCUCAGUGUGCAACACAGGAUGCAGUGACAGCGAGUCUUUGGUUCAGCACAUGAGGAUCCACGCGAGGCAAACGCAGUUCAGUUGCACCGUUUGUGGGAAAGAAUUUGCUUGGAGGCGACAUCUGGAGAAACAUCUGGAAGUCCACUCGAGGGAGAAAGUCUACAGCUGCAGAUAUUGUGAGCAAAGAUUCGGUUGGCAUUAUCAGCUGAAAUAUCAUCAGUGUGUUGGUCAUCGGUCCUCACAGCUUCAUCAGAGUCGGACUGAGGAGAACAGAGAGGCGGAGCCUCCAGAAGGUGAUGGAGAGGACUGUGGAGGACCAGAACCAGACAGGAACUCAGAUCCACAUAGACAUCCAGAACCAGAUACUGGAGACUCUUCUGAACCUGAGACUGAAGACAGUGCCGACAGUGAUUUUUGGGACGAGAGCUGUGGACGUCUGUCUGGUUUAAACUCUGUGAAACAUGAUGAUGUCUCUCAGAGCGAUGAAACAUUUACCAACCACCACAGAAGAAGAAGUCCUACAGGAGGGGAACAGUCCACAGAAGGAGGAAGACUGAGCCGGCACACGGACCCAGAGCCCCCACACAUUAAAGAGGAACAGGAGGAACCCUGGACCAGUCAGGAGGGAGAACAGCUUCAAGGUCUGGAGGAGGCUGAUAUCAAGUUCAUAUUCACUCCUGUGAAGAGUGAAGACGAUGAAGAGGAAGCUCAGUCCUCACUUCAUCAAAGACAAACUGAACAGAUGGAAACAGAAGCUGAUGGAGAGGACUGUAGAGGACCAGAACCAGACAGGAACUCAGAUCCAGAUAGACAUCCAGAACCAGAUACUGAUGAUAGUGUCGAUAGUGAUUUUUGGAAGGAGACCAGAGAACCUCAGUCGGGAUUAAACUCUCUGAAGAAUAAUGAAAUCUCUGACAGUAUUAUGGGAUGUCAUUCCGUCAACAAAGAAGAGUGUCUUGAACCCGACAGCAAUUUUUGGAAAGACGACAGGAGGUCCGGUCUAAACAGUAACGAAGUUCCCGAAAGCGAAACGAGGUUCACCGUCACAAAACCGUACAGCUGCACCGAGUGCGGAAAGAGAUUCCACCACGAUUACAAUCUGAAGAACCACAUGAAGUACCACACGGGGGAGAAGGCCUUCUUCUGCUCCGUCUGUGGUCUGAAAUGUCUCUACAAGUCCCAUCUGGAGAUCCACAUGAGAACGCACACCAGAGAGAAACCAUUCCCGUGCCUGGUUUGCGGUAAGAAAUACGCUCACAAGGCCAGCAUGCAGUCGCACAUGGCCGUCCACACGGACGUCCAGCAGCUGUUGGUGGUUAAAGAAGAGGUUCCCCCUGAGCAGCAGGAGUGGAGCUCCAGUCUGGACCAGGAGGACCCAGAGCCCCCACACAUUAAAGAGGAACAGGAGGAACUCUGGACCAGUCAGGAGGGAGAGCAGCUUCAAGGUCUGGAGGAGGCUGAUAUCAAGUUCACAUUCACUCCUGUGAAGAGUGAAGAUGAUGAAGAGGAAGCUCAGUCCUCACAGCUUCAUCAAAGACAAACUGAACAGAUGGAAACAGAAGGUGAUGGAGAGGACUGUGGAGGACCAGAACCAGACAGGAACUCAGAUCCAGAUAGACAUUUCCAAUUAUCCAGCAGUGACAAAGCCUCACAAUGUAACAAACAAGAAACUGAUGACUGGAAGGAGACCAGAGAACCUCAGUCAGGUUUAAACUCUCUGAAUAAUGAAUUUUCUGUCGGUGGUUCCAGAUGUAGUGCUGGAGAAAAACCAUUUCGCUGCUCUGAGUGUGGGAAGAGAUUUGGCAAAGGAAGAUGUCUAAAGAGACGCAUGAUAAUUCACAUAGGAGAGAGACCAUUCAGCUGCUCACUUUGAUUUAUACAAAAAGUACAUCUGGCAGACCACAUGGCCCGUCACACUGGGGUGAAACCGUUUAGUUGCUUAGUUUGUGGUAAAGGAUUUAUACAAAAGCGAGAGCUGACUUUCCACAUGGCACGUCACACAGGGGAGAAACCAUUCAGUUGCUCAGUCUGUAAGAAGUCUUUUGCACAGAGAGGGAAUUUACACACACAUGAGAAUCCACACACGAGAGACCUUUCAAGUGCUCAGUUUGUGGUCAAAGCUUUUUGCAAAAAGCAUAACUGAAGAGACACAUAACACACACCGGAGAGAAACCCUACAGCUGCUCCGUUUGCAAGAAGUCUUUUGCACAGAGAGGAAAUUUACAGACACACACGAGAAUCCACACAGGAGAGAAACCAUUCAUCUGCUCACUGUGGGAAAACUUUUAUCAAAAGUGGAAACCUAAAGGUACACAUGAGAACUCAUACGGGAGAGAAACCAUCUGGUUGCUGCUGAUGGAGGGGACAAUGGAGGACCAGAGCCAGGCAGGAACUUAGAUCCAGAUAGACAUUUGACAAGACUGAUGACAGAUGGGAUUAGGGCGGCCUGGUGAGGACAUUUUACCACCAUAUGAUAUACACAGCUAGAGGUGAUUGCGACCACUCAAGACUGUUUGUGAUUCCACCAGACUGCUCUGAUAUUUGUUUUGAGGGUCUUUUGUCCUGAUCUCACUGUAAGGGAAACAACAAUGUUUAUAGUUGGACAUGUGGAGAGUCUCCGAAACAACUUUAACUCUUAAAACCCUAUGCACACAGUGUUAUGAAGGUCCGCCUGGUCUUUUUUGUCUUUUUUCUUCAAUAAAUGUGUUAGACAAUGUCCUUUUUGAAAAUUAUUUUGCUCCUUUUUUCAGGAGAAAUGUAACUUUCAAAACCAGGCAAGUAUGUUGUCAUUAUUAUAUGUUAUAAAUGCUUAAAACAAGUGUGUAAUAACAAAAAAGUAAAUAAACGGAUUUGAAUUUUCAUCAGUUUCUCUUUAUAAACAAUUAAUGAAAUAAAUGAAAUUCAACCUAUUUUACAUAUUGUCAAACAGUUUUGAGAAUAUGUAGAGCUUUCAGUGUCCAUGCUACAGGCUGUUAUAUUUGUCCAUGUCUAGGCAAUUUUUAGCAGCAGGGGUAGUCCCUGUAGCAGUUCCUCUCCAGCUGAAGACAGAGCCCAACCUUACACAUCCAGGGUGUGCUUUUAUGGCAGAGAG